AAAGACCGGUGAAUGCAAUUUAUUUGUUCUUAAAAUCCACCUUAACGCCACCCCCAUCUUCCACGUUACGGAAAAAAAAAACAGGUAUUGUUCUUGCAGAUAAUCGUCAGCCUAUCUCUCUUUCUUUCUCGUGUUCUUUGACGAACAAAUUAAGGAAUUCAAAUUCAUAGCUGGACAAAGUUGGGAAAUGCUGUUCUCUCAUUUCAUUUAGGUCAGCAAUACAUUGAUUUGGUUAAUAUCACAUUAAGGGUUGAGUUCAUUUCUUUUGUGGAUCUUGACCCUGAUUGAAACUGCAAUUGAGAGAUGAGUCAGAAAGGUUUGAUAUAUAGUUUUGUGGCAAAGGGUACGGUUGUAUUAGCAGAACACACCCCAUAUUCAGGGAACUUCAGUACCAUUGCCGUUCAAUGUUUACAGAAGCUUCCUUCAAACAGCAGCAAAUACACAUACUCAUGUGAUGGAUAUACGUUUAACUUCCUGAUCGACGGUGGAUUUGUUUUCCUUGUUGUUGCAGAUGAAGCGACAGGGAGAAGUGUGCCUUUUGUUUUUCUUGAGCGGGUGAAGGAUGAUUUUAAACAGCGUUAUGGUGCGAGUAUUAAGAAUGAGGCACACCCACUUGUGGAUGAAGAUGACGAUGAUGACUUGUUUGAAGACCGAUUCAGUGUUGCCUAUAAUCUUGACAGAGAGUUUGGGCCGAGGCUUAAGGAACACAUGCAAUAUUGUAUGAACCACCCAGAAGAGAUCAGCAAGUUAUCCAAAUUAAAGGCCCAGAUAACUGAGGUCAAGGGCAUUAUGAUGGACAAUAUUGAAAAGGUUUUGGAUCGUGGGGAGAGGAUUGAACUUCUGGUAGAUAAAACAGAGAACCUGCAGUUUCAGGCUGACAGCUUCCAGCGGCAGGGAAGACAACUCCGACGGAAAAUGUGGCUGCAGAAUCUCCAAAUGAAGUUGAUGAUAGGAGGAGCAAUACUUGUCCUGAUUGUCAUACUUUGGCUUCUUGUCUGUCGAGGUUUCAAAUGUUAGACAGCAGCAAGAUGGCGAAUGCAGUAGCAUUUACUUUGUUUGUCCAGUCUUUUUGUGUACAAAGUUAUCGGUUUUCGAAUAUGUACAAUGGUGCUGAAUAUGAUAUCUAGCUUUUCACAACUCAUUUCUGUAAUUACACCAUUUGUAUUUCUGGAUGUUCUGUUCGUUAACAUCAUUUCUUAAUGUAGAGGAUGUGGCUUUAACGAGUAGGAGAUAUCAUGCUAUGCGCUUUUUAGUA